AUGAGUCCAUCCAUGAUCACUGGAAACGGUCCACGGGGCUGCCGUCUCCCCUCCAUCUCAAGCGCGACCCGUGGCAGAGAGCUGGAGAAGGUUCCAGAAGGAAGGGACUCUGGCAUGACCGAGGUGGAGAGGACCUACAAGAGCACCACCGAAGCAGAGAGUCUCAUAAAUUACCUCACUGGAUCUCACAACAGUGGAGAAGUAUAUUACUUAUGAGUUAAGGGAGCCAGAGAUUUGACCUUCCCAGUGCUUGGGUUAAUAAAUGGGAUGUUUUGCCAACACAACAUCCUCUGGCAAAAGUGUCAGUUCCUCAUCUUCUGUGGAAACAGGCCCAAGUGUCAGUGAGCCUCCAGGCCUCCCCAGAGUGUCUGCUUACCUACACACCACUGCUGACUUGGAUCAGAAACCCUCCUCCUCACAUUCUGGUCACUCCUCGGAAAUGUCAUUGCCUCAAGUCCAAAAGGAUAAGUAUCCUGAGGAAUUCAGCCUGCUUAAGUUGCAGACAAAAGAUGGGCAUCGUCCUGAGUGGACGUUUUACCCGAGGUUUAGCAUCAACAUCCACACUUACCAUGUCGGAAAGCAGUGCUUCUUUAAUGGAGUCUUCCUCGGCAACAAGAGAUCUCUAUCAGAGAGGACGGUGGACAAGUGCUUUGGGAGAAAGAAAUACGAUAUUGAUCCCAGGAAUGGAAUCCCAAAGUUAACUCCAGGGGAUAAUCCAUAUAUGUACCCAGAACAGAGUAAAGGCUUCCACAAGGCAGGAUCAACGCUCCCACCAGUGAAUUUUUCAACAGUACCUUAUGAAAAGAAAUUUGAUACAUUUAUUCCGCUUGAGCCUCUUCCACAAAUUCCCAACUUGCCUUUCUGGGUGAAGGAGAAGGCCAACAGUUUGAAGAAUGAGAUACAAGAGGUUGAGGAGCUCAACAACUGGCAGCCAGCAGUGCCCUUAAUGCACAUUCUGCUCCUUCCUGGUGCUUUGGACUUUCCAAGACAAUCCUGAGCAUAAACAGGCCCACAAAACAUGUGCUGACUGCACUCUGGCGAGCCUUUUCCAGUUGAUGGUUUUUCUCAUGUGACUGUUCUAAAUUCAAUGUUUGACCCUUA